AAGAAACGUUUUCCACAUUUCAAAGGAGAGAGUGCCCGCUGCUGCUGCUGCUGCUCUGUGUGGACUGAGCUACAGUAAGAGGAAAGAAAGUGGAGGGGGGAUUUUUUUGGCACGGAAAAACGCAUGAAACCACUGGCAUGUGUGCGUUAAGAGCUGUAGUCUGCCGAGCGCUUUGCAGCGUCUCUAAACCUUUCCGGAGAAUGACCAUCCAGAGUGGGUCUGUGAUGUCUGCCAGAGACCGCUCCUCUCAGGCAGGAAAUAAGAGAAACGCACUGAGAUGGGACCUGACCCCAGAUGAUAUCAGGACCUCAACAGACAGCUUGAUUAACAGAGUAAAAGCGGUCUAUGAUGACAUUGGAUCUCUAAAGAUAGAAAAUGUUUCAGUUGAAAACACCCUGAAAGCCUUGGCUCAUGCCAAACUGGACUAUGCGUCGUCACUCCAUGUCCUUGAUUUCCCCCAAUACGUUUGUCCUUCUAAAGAGGUUCGGGCAGCGAGCACGGAGGCCGACAAGAAACUGUCUGAGUUUGACGUGGAGAUAAGUAUGAGGGAAGAUGUGUUCAUGCGAAUCACAGCCUUGCAGAAAAAGCUCCAAGACAACCUUUCACCAGAAGAAAAGAGAUUCUUAGACAGACUUGUUACAUUAGGCAAGCGGAAAGGACUGCACCUGUCUAAAGACAUGCAAGAGGAAAUAAAAAGAAGCUCCAAGCUUAUAUGUAAACUCUCCAUAGAGUUUAACAAGAAUCUGAAUGAGGACAAUACGUUUCUUGUGUUUUCUGAGAAUGAAUUGGGUGGGCUAGCUGAUAGCUUUCUCAAUGGACUGGACAAGACAGCAGAUGGGCGGUAUCAAGUGACACUUGAAUAUCCCCAUUACUUCCCCCUGAUGAAGAGGUGUCACAAUCCUGAGACCAGGAGGAAGAUGGAAACGGCUUUUCACAGCAGGUGUAAAGAGGUAAACACAGCGAUCCUUGAACAAUUGAUACAACUGAAGGCAAAGGUCGCAGACUUACUUGGUUACAGUAGCCAUGCGAACUAUGUGCUGGAGAUUAACAUGGCCAAGAAUGCAAGCAAUGUGUCUGACUUUUUAGAUUCAUUCUAUGAAACACUGAAGCCCAUUGGAGUUAAGGAGAGGAAAUAUAUUCUCGCACUAAAGAAGCGGGAUUGCUUGAUGAAGGGCUACCGGUUUGAUGGACAGAUCAAUGCCUGGGAUUUACCUUACUACAUGAAUCAAGUGGAGCAGUGCAAGUUUGCUGUGGACAAAGACAAACUGAUCGAGUAUUUCCCUCUUGAUGUGGUGACAGAAGGACUGCUUGGUAUCUACCAGGAGCUGCUGGGACUCAAGUUCACAGAGGUGGAACAUGCUCAUGUGUGGCAGGAAAAUGUCAAGUGUUAUUCAGCCCGGGACACGGAGACUGGAGAGGAGGUUGGCCAGUUCUACAUGGACUUGCAUCCAAGGGAAGGAAAGUAUGGCCACGCAGCCUGCUUUGGGCUGCAGCCCGGCUGCAGAGGACCUGAUGGAAAGCGCAGGCUUCCAGUGGCGGCUAUGGUGGCUAACUUUACCAAGCCCAGAAAAGGCUGGCCCUCUCUCCUCCAACACCAUGAAGUGGAGACUUAUUUUCACGAGUUCGGUCAUGUUAUGCACGAGCUCUGUUCCAAGACCACUUUUUCAGAAUUCAGUGGAACCCUGGUGGAGACUGACUUCGUGGAGGUGCCUUCACAGAUGCUUGAGAACUGGGUUUGGGAGAAGGAGCCUCUGAAAAGAAUGUCUCGCCACUACAAGGAUGGCAGCCCGAUUCCAGAGAGUCUGCUCGACAAACUGAUUGCAUCCAGAGUCGCCAACACUGGGAUGAUGAACCUGCGUCAGGUAGUGCUCGGUAAAGUGGACCAGUCGCUACACAGCAGCCCUCGUGCAGAUACAGCUGAGGUGUUCGCAAAGCACUGCCAGGACAUCCUGGGUGUUCCUGCUACACCGGGCACCAAUAUGCCAGCCAGUUUCAGCCACUUGGCUGGAGGAUAUGAUGGUCAGUACUAUAGCUAUUUGUGGAGUGAAGUGUACUCCAUGGACAUUUUUUGCAGUCGUUUUAAAAAGGAUGGCAUUAUGAAUCCAAAGGUUGGAAAGGAGUACAGACGGGUGAUUCUGGAAGCUGGUGGCUCUGUGGAUGGCGUGGACAUGCUGAAAACCUUCCUCGGUCGCGGGCCGUGCCAGGAUGCCUUCUUUCAGUGCAAAGGACUCAAGUCACAGAAAACACCGACGUUGUAAUUUCAUAAAUUCUUUAAGUCUUUUUUUGUCAAACCAAGGUAGAAUGCCUUUGCUUAAGUGUAUUAUUUACUGUGUUAAAGUUAUUCUUCUGGAUAUUUUCUACCUGUUGGCAUUUGUAAAUGUACAGUGGAUCAUGAUGCACAAUUGGCCUUUUUCAAAGCAGACAUGUAACUGGUCAUAGUGAGAAAAGCACAGGUGUUACUAAUGACAUUAACUGUGUGUGUGUGUGUGUGUG